AUGAGAUCAAAUAUGUUUAAUAAUUAUAAUCAAAGACCUCCAAGUACUACCAAAGAGAAAAUUACAUCAUAAGGAUUACCUAAUUAUCCAUUAUUACUUAAUAAGGCAUAAUCAACACCAUCUUAAGAAAUCAAAUCUAAUAAUCCUUAUUCAUCUAACACAACAUUCACUUCUAUUACCUAAUCAUCAUAAGUAACUUAUCAUUUCCUAUUUUAUUAGUCUAAAUUUAUUGAAUAAAAUACUCAAAAACAAAAUCAAACUUAAAUGAUCUAAUAACAAUUAUAGACUCCUAUGACAAUAUCCCAAUAAAAUACUCAAAAAACUGUUUCUACAAUUUCCUCCAUGUCAUAGUCUCAACCUGAAUAGUAUUAAACUAAAUCUAUCCAAAAUGUCAGCAAAGGAAUAUGUGGUUUAAGAAAUAUUGGCAAUACAUGUUUCAUGUAAUUGUAUUUCCAUAAUAUUCAGGAAUUCUGUUUUGUAAUGUCUACUCAAUAUUCCUGCUUUUAAUGAGCAUUUUUUAAAUUCUGAUUAUUUAAACGACUUAAAUUCUAAAAACUGUUCUGUUCCAAAUGAAUACAGUAAAUUAGUGUCCACUAUAAGAAAUACUCCCAAUUUUCAAUCCAUUGCACCUUAUGGAAUUAAAUCAGCUGUGGGUAACAUUAUUUACUUAUUUUAAUAGAAAUUGUAAUGCCUUGUUUUAGAGGUUAUGCUUAAUAGGAUGCUUAAGAGUUUUUAGUUGCACUUUUGGAUGGUCUUAGUCUCGGCCUAAAUAGAGUCAAAAAUAAACCAGCAUACAAAGAAAUGAAUGAUAAUCUUAAUGGAAGAUCUUUAUAAGAUUUAGUAAUUCUUAUUUUUUUAUCAUCUUUUUUAGAGUAAAGAAUGGUGGGAUUAUUCAAAAAGCAGAGAAAAUAGUCUUGUCCUUGAUUAUUUUCAAGGACAACUAUUACAUACAAUUAAAUGUUCUAUUUGUGGUAGCAGUUCAUAUGCUUUCGAUACAUUUUAAGAUACAUCCUUAGCAAUUGCAAGGGCAUUUAAAAUAUUAGAAGAUAUGAAUUUAGAAAGAUUAUUAGAUAAAUAUGUAAUUGAAGAAGCGAUUGAUGAUUAUUAUUGUUCAAAAUGGUAUUUAAUUUAUCGUUAUUGUAUGUUGAAGCAAAAAACAUUAAAAAGUAAAACGUAAAUUUACAAUUUGGAGAUUACCUCAUAUUUUGAUGUUUCAUAUCAAAAGAUUUGAUUUUAGAAGAUUUUCCAGUGAUAAGUUAAAUCAUAGAGUAAUAUUCCCAUUGGAAUUAGAUAUGAGAGAAUUUGUCAAAGAUUCACGUAAGAUAUUCUUAAUUUUAGUUGACUAGUCUGUCAAAAACUGUUAAUAUUUAUUAUGUGGAAUAGUAAAUCAUAGUGGAACUUUAUAUGGAGGACACUAUACAGCGUAUUUAUUGUUAAUAUAUUAAAAAAGUGAUAGUAAGAAUCCAUAUAAUUAAAAAUGGUAUCGAUAUAAUGAUUCUGAUGUUAGAGAAUUCGAUAUAAAACAAUAAAGAUAUGAUACAGAUGGUAGUAGUAGUCCAUAUAUAUUGUUUUAUGCAAGAAAAUCAUUGUAUUGA